UUGAUGGUAGCAGCUCUCAAAAUUCUGUGUCUUGACCUAGAAGACGGAAGGCUCCCACUUGAGGCUGAUUCCAGAAGCCAUCAUCUGACAACAAGAUAAGCUGAAUGGAAGAUCCAACAGAAAGAUACUUGCUCCUUGCCUUCUAUACCAUGACCUUUCUCAUCGGCCUCCCUGCCAAUCUCGUGGCUCUCAGGGCCUUUGUCCGAAGGGUAAAGCAGCCUCACCCUGCUCCGAUUCACAUCCUCCUGCUCAGUCUCACGUUGGCAGACCUCAUCCUGCUCGUGUUGCUACCUUUCAAGAUCUUUGAGGCUGCCAACAACUUCUACUGGCCCCUGGGUAAGGAGGCCUGUGCCCUGACUGGCUUUGGCUUCUACAGCAGCAUCUACUGCAGCACAUGGCUGCUGGCUGCCAUCAGCAUCGAGCGCUACCUGGGGGUGGCCUUCCCUGUCCAGUACAAGCUCUCCCGGAAGCCCGUAUAUGGACUAGCUGCCGCUUUGGUGGCCUGGAUCCUGUCCUUUGGACAUUGCAGCAUUGUCAUUGUGGUGGAGUAUAUAGGUUCGGAAAAUAAAACGAAUAGUAGCCAGCCAGCCUUGGAAUGCUAUGAUAAUUUCACUCCCAGUCAGCUGAGAUGGGUUCUCCCGUUCCGCCUGGAGCUGGUUCUGGUUCUCUUCCUGCUGCCCAUGGCAGUAACCAUCUUCUGUUACUGGCGCUUUGUGUGUCUCAUGGUUGGCCAGCCACAGGUGGGGGCCCAGCGACAACGUAGAGCUAUGGGCUUAGCAAUUGUGACUCUCCUCAAUUUCCUGGUCUGCUUCGGCCCUUACAAUGUCUCCCAUGUGGUAGGAUAUUUUAAAGGCACACCCCCCAAGUGGCGAAAGUAUGCUGUGAUGUUCAGUGCCCUCAAUGCCGGCCUCGAUCCCCUCCUUUUCUACUUCUCUUCUUCAGCUGUUCGCAGGUCCGUUGCAAAUGGACUGAAGGCACUGCGCAAGCAAGGGACCUCCCUUCUGGGUCACUGUGGUAGAGACACUUCUGAGAUGGACACAGGGGACACUGGUUUGAGCCAAGGGGAUGUGGUAGCAAGUUCUGACUUUACCACAGAGUAGGUAAUUACUCAUUUCUGGUGUUUGGGCCAAGUUUGGACAUGUUAGGGAAGGUAGAGCACAAAAAAAAAAAAAAUCAAUUUUGCCAUGGUCUCAGGAAUCCUUGUAUUACAAUCUAACCAUAGGCUCAAACAUGGGGAGCCACAGACAUGGAGGAGUGUUUCUUUUUGAAGAAAUCUUUCAGCAGCUCUCUCUCUCUCUCUCU